UUCGCAUUUUCAUUAUUUCAGGUUUAAAAAUGGGUAAAAUGAAGAAGGGAAGGGUGUCUGGGAAGAAGAAAGUGAAGAAAUCGUUUUUAGAUAUUCAAAAAAGGAAACGAAAUGAAUUUAAGAAGAAAACUAGCGGGAAAAAGAACCCUGAUGAAGAGGCUAAACCUCGAAAAGCUUUCAGAUUUGAGAACUUUGCUGAUCAGAUUGCUAGUGUUGAUUACAGUAUUGUUUAUCAACUGGCGGGGGCAGCUAAUCUUACAAAGGUUUCUGACGAGUUGAAAACUAGUGUAUUCCGUGAAACCUUCGAGCAUUGGAGAGAGUUAAACCUGACCGCAGAGUUUACAGAAAUUGUGAAGAAAUUAAACCAAUUCGUUACUUUGCCACAGGUUAUCUUCAGUCAGAGCAGUAUAGUUGAAAUACUCCGGGAUGGGUUAAAAGAUAGUACUCCGCUCAGCGUUCAGCCAAUACUGGAGCUUAUUGCAGGAUUAGCCACUGAUCUGCAGCAUGAGUUCUACCCCAACCUGGAGAUCUUUGUCGAGCUGAUCACCAGCACCACGCUUAAGGUUCAGGAUGCCAACGUGAUCAAAUGGGCCUUCAGGUGCCUGGGACAUUUACUCAAAAUACUGUGGAGACCCAUCAGCUCGAACCUGGAACAGGUCUACGGGUAUUUCAAGAACCUAUUCGAGCUCAAGCAACCAGACUACAUCAGAUAUCUUGGAGCCGAAACCGUCUCUUUUCUCAUCAGAAAAUCCAGAGACAAAGAAAAUUUUUGCAAAUUUAUUCUCACACAGAUGACUGGAACUACUGACCACGUGGCGGUUGCCAAACUAUUUUUUGAGAGCAUCAAGACGGUUAAUGCGCAAUUCAACAACAAUCUGGAGCCGUCUUGGCGGAUUUUCCUUCGACUACUUCCGGGAGAUUUCAACGAAAUUUUGAAAAACAUUUUCCAAUUUAGCUGUGAUCACACCGGUCCAGAAAACGUAGAUCCUAUACUCAGGAUUACCCUGGAGAAGGUGGAUGAAACCAUGGAGAAUAUAAAUAAAACCUCCGAGAUAUCCAAUGAGGAAAUAGAAUUAUCAAAAGCUGGUCAAGAUGUUCAGACAAACAUUAUUCUUGAAUGCUUAGAAAUCUUAAUAACUAAUAAACAGGGUAGAUUGAUUAAAGAUUUCAAAUCUCUGCUCUGCUUUUUUAACGGAUUGGUGAAGAAAGGCUGUGCGUCGGACGAAUUAAUGAACUGCAUCAAGUCUGUGGUAGAAUCUGAGAAGAUCGUUAAAACUGAAGAUCAGGUUCGGGAAACAGUUUGUUUAGUUCUUGAAACCGGAUUUUCCAAUCAACAAAAAAUGGAUUUUGUCUCCCAGUUCGACGAUGAAUCCAUUUUCGACCGUUAUCUAAUAAAACCCUAUCUUUCAUUUGUCCAGAGAGAGAUAAAAGAGAACUUUGAACCUCUAUCAGCCCAUCUUGCUGCAAUUCUGUUGCAGAGAAAUCCUGCUUGUGAAAAUGGAUCCGAAAUGGAAUCUUACUCAAGCUUCUCCAUUGAUCUUCAGCUUGUUCCUGCACUGAGGAAGAUAAAAACCGAGGAUCUUUUCCCAACACUGUGCCUGGAUAAGAUUGACCAGCAUUACUCAGCGGAGACGAUUAAACACGCUCUAGUCAUCUGCUCUUCUAUCCGUCCUAUCAGCAGUGAGAAAGUUCUUAAGAAAAUCACGACACUAUCCCGGCAGGUUUUGGCAAAAAAGGAUUGGUCUCUAGUUCCUGUUUUACCCCUGGCCCUGCAAGCUGUCUCCUCUCUCUCUUGUCCCAAGACCGUGGUAGAGUACUUCGACGUAGCUAGUAUUGCUGAGCUGUUUCUAGAAGAUCCAAACAGAGAUAUUCUAAAACUUUUCAACUUUGCUCUGACUUGUGAAUCUUGGACAGAGACUUGUAGACUGAGUUCGGAAACAUUGGAGCUAAUUAUAACCCGUCUCCUUCCUCUUUUAUCUGACCCAAGACCUCAGGUGAGACAACUCACCCUGCACAGUCUCUCCCUCAUCCUCUCCAGUCUAGGGGAGAAGUACACCAAGGUCCCGGAGGAGAACUAUCUCUCUGUCCUGAACCUGGUUGAGACGAUGCUAGCUGCAGAACGGACCCCGGAGAAUCUGUCCGAGUAUAAGAAGAAACUGAACCUUCUCCAGAGAGUAGAAGCGGAAAGAUUACACUCAAGUAUCAGAAAUGAUGAACGAUUGAAUACUAUGCCUCUCCGAUAUUUAUUAGGUUGUCUGUACACCAAUUUCACCCUGCUCUGGGUGCCUGUACAAAGUCUGGUGGCCGGAUAUGGAAACUAUAUCAAGAGAGAACAUUUCUGGAAUAUCUUCGGAGCAAAGCUGCUCUCAGCAGAUCAGGAUAUUCAAACCUAUCUCCGGGAGCUGCAGGACGGAUCCUUUUCCCGGAGUAAUGAGGCUAGCAAGAGGGUAGAUUAUAUCAAGUACAGAAACCAGCUCUGGGGUCUCUUGAACAAGUUCUCUGAUGUAUCUGAAGCAAAGAAUCGUGACCUUGUUUCCUUGUUCUUGGAUAAUUUCUGCACGGUAGAAUAUAAAACCAUCAGAGGAUUGUCGGAUAACCGUGAUGUUUGGUUAAAUCAUAAAGAAGUAAUCAACUCUACAAUCAACUCUCUCAUCGCACAUCUUAACGUUUUCACUUCCUUCAAGGAUUUGAAGAGUUUACAUCGAGUAGAUGAGGUGAAGAGCAAAGUAGACGAGCUCCUCAGCCAUCGUGUAGCUCCGGUACAGAGGAUAGCUCUAGAGAUACUCAUUGCUUUCAAACUCAAGUUUAUUCUACCAUAUAAGGAUAACUUAUUGAAACUGCUGGAUGACAAGGAUUUUAAAAGUGAACUGGUGGGGUUCCCUUUAGGAGAAGAGAGUUCUGAAAUCAAGCAGGAACACAGAGACCAAGUUAUCCCGGUAGUACUAAGAAUCCUCUAUGGGCGCAUGCGUGCCGUUAAGAAGGGAAAGAAGGACGGGGGCAAAGGUGCAGUAUCGUCGCGUCGAACUCUAAUCCUUCAUCAUCUGAUGGAUCUAUCCGAGGCGCACAUUCGAUACUUCCUAGAUCUAGUCUACACGGAGUUAUACAGUGGGUCGGGGAUCAAGGAAGGGCAGAACGUGUAUGAGUAUAUUCUCCAGGGUGGGAAGGCCCCAGAGAAGAGUAUAAAGAUGAUUCAGGCCAGUGUAGAGAUGAUUCAGUCCGUGAUCAAUAAGCUGGGGAAGUUGAUGGUGAAGAACCUGGAUUACAUCCUGGAGACCAUUGUCUGGAUCGGUUUUAUCUUGAGUUCACACCAUAAUACCCAUGGGAAGGUUGUCGGAUACAAGGCUGUGAGAAAUGCUAUCUAUUCUCAGCUUGCAAGUUUCUUCUCUAGGUUUACAGAGUACGAAUAUUCCUCCCAGGCUGAGACGACCAUUUUUCAGAUGUUUGUUUGGAAACCCUUGGAAAACUUUGACAAGGACUAUAUUCAUAGUCCGAGCGGAUUACUUCAGUUGAUCCUAUGCUGGUCCAGGGAGCCGAAGUAUAGAAGAUAUCUCCAGGUUAAACAACCCAAACUUCGGACCAGGAUACUUCAGAAUGUUGUCAAGGUUCUCCUUAAACCUACCACUGCCGGGAAGGUUGUUGACUGCGUCCUGGAGGUUAUCAACAACCUCGUCACUCCGGUUGAUGACAUGGAGACGGAAGAAGAGACCAACUAUGAUCAGAUCGGAAUUGAAAUUGCACUAGCAGAGCUGGACACAGUCCUGAUACACUUCAACACCUGGAUCCAAGCGUCCAAUAAGAACGUGAAGAUGUUAAAAAAGGUUGGAUUGAAGUUGGAUAUUCUCACGCAGCUUGCUCCGCAUAUAUCUAAACCAGAGGUUGCUUCUGACUUCUUAAACCAACUUUUCAUCAUGCUCGGAUCAAUCAAGAAACCUGAAACUAUCUGUAAAGUUCUCGUGAUAACCCAGUACCUAGUGGAGAAGGUUCCCCUGGAGAACCUAAAAAGUAUAGUCGAGCUAACCGUCCCAUACUUCAGCAAGCUCGCCACAAGACAGGAGAGAACCGAACUCAGCAAUUUCAUGUGUAAGCUCUCGGAGAAGGAGGAAUCUUUAAAAACUCUGUGUGAUAUUUGUAUAAAUCUGAACGCCUAUGACCGGAAAAGGUUUGAAGAGCCAGACUUUGAAGUGAGAAUGAAUGAGUUUAUCAAGAUCCGUGAUAACCUGAGAAAGGAUGUAGAGUUUUCACUGGAGGAACUGAGAGCUGUAUUCUUUAACUGUAGUUUCUUCCUACAGCAUGAGAAGGAUUCCUCCUUGAGAUCCAACAGUUUAGACACUUUGGUCACAGUGUGUCAGGGGAUCAAGAAACUUGGGGAGAGGGAUCAAGACUCCGCUAGGAAGAUGAUCAACAAGGUCUGCUUGGAGCAGAUCAAACGCGGGAUCAAGUCUAAGGAUGACAUGGUCCGUUGUGACUUUAUCUCCGUCCUUCACAAGCUCGUGCUGUCUUGUCAAGAUAUAAACUCCAGACUCAAGGAUCUUGCAAAACUGUCUAUCUCUGCUGACAUUGAUACAGAUUUCUUCGAGAAUGUUCGUCAUGUUCAGCUUCAUCGACGCGGCAGAGCGCUGACUCGAUUAGCUAAACAGUUAGACUUAGAGAACGAUGAGAAGUAUUUAUCCGAGAGAAACCUGACCCAAUUAAUCCUGCCCCUGUGCACCACCUACCUGCUCAACCCCGACUAUGUGAAGCACUCCCAGCUGGUGGAGCAAGCAAUAGUUCUAUUCGGAGCUAUUUGUAAAACCCUGCCCUGGGCUCAGUACGAAAUUUACAUCAAAUACUAUACUGGACUCUUCAACAAGCAAGAGACUCCACAUCAGAGACAGCUGGUGAAGAUUACAACUGAGAUACUGAAUGCUUUCCACUUCUCUCUGAACCCCAAUGAGGAAGGGUUGGAGGAGAAGGAAAAAGAACUAAGAAAAAAAAUACAUUUCACCGUCAAUAAUUCCCUCCUGCCUAACUUAACUGGCACUCUUGCGGGGAAAACAAAAGGCCCUAUUGCCCUGUCUGACGAGGAUCAACUGAUCCAACGAGUUCCCCUGGCAGUUCCUAUAGUUCGGAUCCUGCAGUUAAACACUAAACAGGUUCUAGAGAGAUCUGUUCCGGGGAUUAUUGCUAAAAUUGCAUCAUUCCUCAGAUCCAAGGCAGUAGAGAUCCGUGAGGCUGCCAGAAGCACUCUAUGCUCCGUGAUGGAACUCCUAGGAGCACGGUUUAUAUCAUUCGUGGUUCGGGAGCUCUCUAGUUUCCUUACUAGAGGAUACCAGGUUCACGUCUUGACUUACACUAUUCACAAUAUGCUCCAUUUUAUGGCGGAGAAAUCUCUAAUCCAACCUGGAGAUAUAGAUAGUUCUGUCGGUCAACUUGCAGAGCUGGCGCUGUCUGAGAUGUUCGGGGUUACAGCUGAAGAGAAGGAUGUUAAGAAGAUUACAGGUAAACUUCUGGAGGCUAAGAACACGAAGUCCUACGACACCUUACAGAUCACCGCCAGGUUCCUUUCCAACCAGGAGCUCAUGUCACUUGUCAAACCUUUUUCUGAGAAACUUUCAAACCUCUCCGCUUUCAAGAACAUUGUCAAAAUCAAGGAAUGUAUGAGAAAUAUUGUUCUUGGAUUACUAGCCAACACAGCGCUUGAUCCAAUCUUUGCGAUGACGUUUAUCUUCGGAGUGAUAACGGAUCAGAUCAAGCUAGGACGGGAUCAGAAAGUAAAAAAGGAGAAACCGAAACCGAUUUAUGAAAUCCCCGACUCAUUCCUAGUUCCUAAAGCUCCAAAGAGAGGCGGAGCCGUGGCAAAAACUGCAGCUUCUACCAGCCAGUAUGUUAUUCAUGAGUUUGGUUUGAACCUUCUCUACUUCCUGCUGAAGCGCGCCAGCAUUGAUCCGACUAAUCCGGAGCAUCAAGCGCGUUUGAGUCCGUUCUUUCCCGUGCUCACAAACUUUUUAAGCGCAUCUCAUUCCUCUGUGGUGACGGUUUCGCUGCGUUGCUUCCAGUGGGUAGUCAAGGUACCCUUGGAGACUAAGACCGACGAGAACGUGAUGGAGUUGACCAACAAGGUGUUUGGGCUCCUGAAGAAGUAUGGAGGAGGGACGGACGGAAGAGGAGAAAAUCAUGAUUUAGUUGUGAUGGCUUCCAAACUUCUGGUGAUUCUCAUUCGUGACGUAAAACUGACACAAAUAAAAGAUGACCAGUUGAAGCUGAUCUUCGACUAUAUCCUUGUCGACGUCUUGGAUCCGUUGAAACAAACCACAGCCUUCGGUCUCCUAGCCGCUGUUCUUGGUCGCAAACUUGUCUCCCCUGACUUACACGACAUAAUGAUGAAACUUAUCGAAAUGAGCAUUCAGUCGCAUAGUCAGCAGGUUCGGCAAUCGGCCAAAAUGGCUGUUAUCACAUACGUUGCUAACUACGACUUAAAAAAGAAACUGGGACGAAUACUGGACGUUUAUACGGCGCAGCUCAGUUACGAGGUAGAGGUUGGCCGGCUUAUGGCAGCUGACGCUAUCAGAUCAAUCAUCAUCACAUUAGGAAAUAAGGUUAAUCCACAUGCCCCCUUCCUCUUUAUUUCCAUAGCACCCUUCCUUAUCAACGAGGAGAGCGCAGAGUGCAAGAAGGCGCUGGCGAACACGCUUAGUGCUCUGUUGAAUGUGCUCCCCGAGGCCACUAUUGAAACACUAAAGAAGAGCACGAUGACCUGGUUCCGCGGGAAGAAUAUUGCGCAUUCUCAACUUGCCUGUAGGAUUCUUGUCAUUUUCAUUGAUACACUAGGCAUAAAAGUUCUGAGGCUUGAACUGACCGAAAUUUCUGAAAAACUACCAGAGUUCUUUCGGGGGUCGGAUUCACUCUGCAUACAGGCGUUGAGUUUGCUGCAGAGGAUCGUAAGAUUAGAUAUAGAGAAUAUAUUUUGGAAAUCAAGUGAUAUCUGUGCUGGGGUUCACUCGUGUUUGCUCCAUCCUCAUGCCUGGGUUCGUCUUCUCUCGUCCCAGCUAAUUGGACUCUUCCUCUCCAGACUCCUGGAGAACCCGAAGCUAACCUGGCUCAACGACAUGGACACACUCAAGAGCAUUAUCUUAGAUAGUUUCGAACAGUUGAACCUAACCGACUGUGUAACUGAGGACACGAGUUUACAGGUUGUCAAGAAUCUUGUCGCUCUCACUAAACUUAUCAUCAGUAGGACGGAUGAGAAACUAACCCUGAAGUAUGUGAUGAAAAAGGCUGUGAAAAUAUCCAACAAUGAAUUGAUCUCUGCUCCGAAGAACACUGUGAGACGAACCUUGAUCUUCAACUAUAUAGCAGCAGUUUGCCUCCAGUGCUCGCCGAGCCAGGUCGAAGAUCUGCUCCGAGUUAUCCUUCCUCCGCUCCAAAGAGAAAUCUCUAGUUCUAGUUCUAACCCGGAGCUUAAGUCUCACACCCAUGAGGUGCUGGAGCUAGUGAAGACCAAGGUGGAUGACGAGGUCUACACCAGAACCCUCCUCGAGGUCCAGAUGGACAUCACGAAGAAGAGAGGGGAACGAUCUGCCGCCAGAAAACAAACUUUAAUCCUUCAUCCUAAAGUUGCCGCCAAGAGGAAAAUCCAGCAGAACCAAGCCAAGAAGAAUGCAAAGAAGGCACGACGAAUGAAUUAAUAUUUUUUCAGAAA